AUGGGUGAUAUCUUGAAGAGGCCUUCUAGCAGAUAUUCUGCGGCAUUUGAGACACUUGCUUUGAAAUUGAAAAACUGUGAAAUGAUCAAAGAAUAUGGUCAAGAAGUAUUUAUUUUUGCUGAAGCAACAAAUGGGUUUGGACCCAAAGAGGAGAAAGCCUUGGCAACAUUAGCAGAAUGGUCGAAAGACGGGUUUGAUAAGGUUAUGGUAGAACACAAGUUAGAUGCAAUUAUAACCCCUGGUUCGUCGUUUUCAACUGUUCUUGCCAUUGGAGGAUACCCAGGAAUUAGCGUUCCUGCAGGAUAUGAUAAAGAUGGUGUGCCAUUUGGUAUAUGUUUUGGAGGUUUAAAGGGUACAGAACCUAAGCUUAUUGAGAUAGCCUAUGGUUUUGAACAAGCUACACAAAUUAGAAAGCCUCCUACACUUUGA